GUGAGAGCCAUAGCCAAGGCGAGCCUGCGACGACGACGCCCUUGAUUGACGGCCCCAAGCCGACACCCAUCGCGGAAGCCAGCGAAACAGUUUCUCUGGCACGUGCAUGCUGAGCCCCAAAGACAACGGACCCGACCGACCGAGAAGAUGCCUCCGCCGCCGAGUCAGAAGGGCAAGAAAGGCGGAGCUGGUGUAAUGCGCCAGUCAUCUUCCCAGCGCAGCCGCAACACUACUCCCAGCGCCAUGCCCGCCGUCGCCAGCCUGCCCGCCAUCGACAAUGUCGAGACCGAAACUCUCGACCUGCGCUUCGAGGUCUUCCGCAAUCUGACCUACGAAGACAUGGUCGAUACCGCCGCUUCAAACACCGUCACCCCCGACUCCAAGAACCUCGAAGGCCUACUGACGCGCCUGCGACGCCUCGAGGAAGUCAUAGAAAAACGCGGCCUCUACUGCGACCGCGGCAUGCGUCUGCUAGCCCAGAACCGGAGGUUGAGGAUAGACGAGAUGGCCGUCGAAAGGGGGAGGGAGGAGGAGCGGAGGCAGAGGGAGGCCGACGACGAGGAGCGCGAGCGGAAGGCGAACAAGAAAAAGCGGAAGGCCACAGAAAACUUGGCUCCGCAGGGUAGCAGCAUAGAACGAUCAUCUCCCAUGCGCGGCGACUCUAGCGGAAUGAAGCAGAGAAAACUCUCCCGCGACAACGACUCAACAAGCUCGUCUCUCUCGCCGGUUGCGCCACGCACGCCCAGCAACAUGGACGUCGACGACAAGGCCAAGGCUGAGGAUAACGACGACGAUGAAUCAUCCGACGACGGCAGGCCUCCUCCCCCGGCGCGUCCCCAAGCUAAUACCUUUGGCGAAGACCCGUCCACAUUCCCCGACCCGACCGUCUACGAAAUUCUCCCCGUCAAACCAGGCAUGACCGAAGAUGAAAUCAAGGAAAUAUACUCAGUCGCGACAUACCCUAAAUCAGAUCUUGCCGACUUGAUCGCCGGCGACCCCCCGGACAAGGACUUUAGCAGCGCCAAGCCGAGCAACCAGAUCAACUUUAGCACGUUCAGCACAUACACUGAGCCAUACUUUCGCCCCUUCACCGAGGAAGAUCUAGCUUUUCUCAGGGAGCGAGGCGAUCGCUCCACGCCUUUGGUCAUGCCUAAGAGGGGCAAGAAGCACUAUAUAGAAUUGUGGGCUGAAGAGGAUGGCGGCAUGGCCGUCGACCCGUCGCCGCAGGCGGGAGCGGACAAGCGGAAUGUAUUCGGCAGCAUUGAGCAGAUGACCGAUGCAAAGGCCGAAACAGACGAGCUCUACGUGGGCCCGUUGCUCAUACGUCUACUUCAGGCCAUGAGACCCGAGCAUCGCGCCCCGCCCGCCGAGGAAAAGAUGGCAAUGGCCAAUGGUGUCAAUGGCGACGGCGAUAGCAUGAACGGUAUCGCCACGUUCGACUUCAACUUCACCGACACCACUGGCGCGUCCGGUAACGGCCAGGUCAACGGCGUCGGGUCCAGCGCCAACGGCCAGGUCAACGGAAAUGGCCUAGGACCGAACGGCGAGCAGUCCCUGCCGUCAGCCACCUACAUGCCCGAGUCGGAGAGCGAGGCGUGGAAGAAGGCCAACCACCCGAAGCUCGACUACGGCAUGGUGGACGAGCGCAUCAAGCAGGAGCUGCGCCACAUUGGAUUUCUCCCCUUACCGCCAGACCAGACCCCGAAUGCGCCGGCCCAGCCAGACCCCGCUCUAACGCCCGACUACGACGGCCACUACGACGACGAUGUGGCGGCCCGUCUGCGGCUGCUACAGGCGCGCCUACGCGAGCAGGUGCUGCUCAACGGCACCCAGAAGUCGCGCCUCACAGACCUCGUCAAGGAGCGCAUGGCCUACCAGGAAUACCAGACCAUCCUCGAAGAUCUUGACAGCCAAGUCCAGGCCGCAUACCUUAAGAGGACUCGGACCAUGGGCAAGAAGCCUAAAAAGGCCCGCCCUGGUGCUGCCGGCGCCCUGGCUGCUGCCGCAGGUGCCGCAGGAGCUGCCGGCGCCGCUGGCAUGGCACGCCCCGGCAUCGGCGACAUCACAAAGACCCUCAUGGAGCGCCGUCGUCGCUGGAUCGAUAAAAUCGGCCCUGUAUUCGACGACGAGUGCCUCGCCCGGGUCCCCCGUGCCGCCGACGAAGACAGCACCAUCUUCAAGCCGGCCGAGAUGGCCGCGCUCCUCCGCCGCGAGAAAGGGGCUUGGGAUGAGGAGGUGGAAGAGGAGUGAGAGGACUCGUACCACUGCUGCUGCGUUGAGUUCUUCUAAUGCAUACACUAGGUUCUUUUUUUUUUUUUUUUUUGAAUAACAAACAGAAGAGGGGAAACAG